AUGGCUCCAACGCCCUUCAUUACCUUUCUCGGGCCGUCGAAUCUCAUUGGAUAUGACCGCCAGCGCAAACCAUCCGAGCAGCCGCCCCACAUCCCAAAGACUUUCUUGGAUGCGAUGGAGGUUAGGGAAGAGGUGUUUGUUAAAGAGCAAGGCGUUGCGCUACAAAACGAGUUCGAUGCGGAUGAUGCCCGAGCAUGCCAUUGGGUUGUUUAUGCUUCGAUCAAUACCACAACUGAACCCGAGAAAAGAGACGACAAGGGCAAUAUCACGCAAAACAAGCAAAGCGUGACGAAGUCUCAGCCAAUUGGCACAAUCCGUCUUGUACCAUUUCCGCAUCCUUCACACCCAAUGCCCGGCUCCUCUUACGCGGCCGAUGCCCUUGAAACCGAUUCCGAACGAGAGUCAUCUGGUCCUCCACCAUACAUUAUUGAUCGAGCCACAACCUACCACGAUGGUAAAGAACCAUAUAUCAAGCUUGGAAGGCUUGCGGUAUUGAAGGAAUUCAGAGGUCUAGGAAUUUCUAAGCUCCUCGGGAGUAGCGCAAUGAACUGGGCGCAAGAAAACCCGACCUUGUUCAACCCAUCAAUCACAAGCAUGGGUAUGGAGAAAAUGGGAAUUUCAAGCGCCGACGAAGUACCCAAAUGGAACGGCCUGAUUUGUGUUCAUGCCCAAGAACAAGUGACGAAAUUCUGGCAGAAAUGGGGCUUCAAGUUAGAUGACGAAAUGGGAACCUGGAUUGAGGAGGGAAUCAAUCAUGUCGGGAUGUUUCAAAAACUAGACGUGAAAAUGGAUUUCGGUAUGGAGCUCGCCAGUAAUGCCAACUGGCAGGUCAUGAAGCGGGAAGAAGCACAUCCGUAG